GCAGCAUUUAACAGUAUAAGCCCACGGCGGAGCUCGAUCCGUGCGUGACACCGAUUCUUCCCCGUCAGCCAAACACCCCCACCCCCCGGCCCCCUGCAGCCGCCUACCUCCUCCACCCGCUCUCUCGCUUCUCCCUCUCCUCUUCCCUUGUUACAUUUUCCCCCUACCCCCUCCCUUUCCCUACGGACUUGGGGGGGCUGAGAACGAGCUGCCAUGUGAUGCCUGUCUGGUCGGGUUUCACUCGGUAACCCCCGAACCGAAAGCCACACACCGGCUGGCCGGCCGAAGCCGGGGCCGGGGGGUGGGCGGGGGGUGCUUGCAAGCCUGAGGAGGACGAGAGGGAGAGAGAGAGAGGGAAAGACGCAAAGUUCCAGGAAAAGUGGAGGUCUCCGAUUCAGAAAGUGAGGAUUCUGGAGAGGAAAAGAAUGAUCAAGGGCUGCCACACUCUGUGACAUGUCCGACCCCUUGAUCCAGUCCAAGCAACAUGUACAAGGUGGAGAUCCAUUGAUUCAACAUCAGUUUGCACCACAAAGCUUUGGGGGUCCAUGUCUGAAUGGAUUGCUGUAGCCUUCUCAUUUCUCCAUUCAUCCAGUUCCCUGCAUCAUAAGACUUUAAGCCAGCACAGGACCUAGAAAAAUUACAUGGUGUGAACGGAAUGUCUGUGGAUGAGAAGACUGAAUCCCCCAUGUAUGUGUAUGAGUCAACAGUCCAUUGUACCAAUAUCCUCCUGUGCCUCAAUGACCAGCGGAAGAAGGAUAUUCUCUGUGAUUUGACUUUGAUUGUGGAAAGGAAAGAGUUCCGAGCCCACCGGGCUGUGUUGGCAGCAUGCAGCGAAUACUUCUGGCAAGCUCUGGUAGCAACGAAACAUGACUUGGUUGUCAGCCUGCCUGAGGAGGUCACUGCUCGGGGGUUUGGUCCAUUGUUACAGUUUGCCUACACCGCUGAGCUGUUACUCAGCAGAGAGAACAUCCAGGAGGUCAUCCGAUGUGCAGAGUUCCUGCGCAUGCACAACCUGGAGGAUUCCUGCUUCAGUUUCUUGCAGACCCAGCUCCUGAACAAUGAGGAUGGCCUGUUCCUGUGCAAAAAAGACACCUCUUGCCAACGCAUGCAUGGCGACAUGGAGAACUCAGAGGGCGAGGAGGAGGAGGAAACAAUGGAGUCGGAAACCUCCAAGAUAUCAUGUCCCAAGGAGCGGAUGCACCCAGAGCCCCUUAGCUUCGAGUCUGCAGCCCCAGUGGCAGAGAAGGAAGAAGGCGUGCUAGCUGACUCCGAUGUGCCAAGGGACGAUGGAGGGAGUGGUCUGGACAAGGAUGCGCUAACACGGUACCCCAGAUAUAAGAAAUACCAGCUUGCUUGUACCAAGAAUGUUGUCUACAACACAUCGCACAUCAGUACCUCAGGUUUUGCAAGCGCACUCAGUGAAGAGAGCCCUGGCAACGGCCUCCAGGCAGGGCUGGCCAUGGGGCAGAUUAAAAGUGAACCUCAGAGUGAAGAGAAUGAUGAGGAGAGCAUCACCCUUUGCCUGUCCGGAGAGGAGCCCGAUGUCAGGGACAAAGAGGGGGACAUCGAAAUGGAAAGGAAACAGCCUAGUCCCAUCCUCACCCCUGUGGCCACCACCUCUGCUGCUGCUGCUGCAGCCACUGCUGCUGCAGCCACUGCUGCUGCAGCCACUGCUGCUACCCCCUCGGCUGCCUGUGUGGACAGAUCGAAAAGUGGCUCCUCUCCUUCCUGUUUAGGGUCUCUCUUCAACAGAACAAAAAGUGCAGAGUUGUCGGGCUUGCCCAGUACUUCCCAACAGCACUUUGCCAGGAGUCCAGCUUGCCCUUUGGACAAGGGGACAACUCAGGGUGACCAUAAAACUGACUACAGCCCUUUCACAGGGAAUUAUGGACAGUCCCAUGCCAGUCAGAAAGAUGCUUCCAGUGUCCCAGUGGGGUCUCCUCUCAAGGGGCCCUCAUUCGAAACUCUCUGUAAGCAAGAAGGUGAGCUGGACAGGCGGAGUGUGAUCUUCUCUUCCAGCGCCUGUGACCAAGGGAACACUUCGGUGCAUUCAUAUUCUGGCAUAAGCAGUUUGGACAAAGACCUCUCUGAGCCCGUGCCAAAGGGUCUUUGGGCAGGAGCUAGCCAGUCCCUCCCUAGCUCACAGACCUAUUCCCACAGUGGACUAAUAGCUGAUCACUUGCCAGGAAGAAUGCGGCCUAAUACCAGCUGCCCAGUGCCAAUUAAAGUUUGCCCUCGCUCUCCCCCCUUGGAGACCAGGACCAGGACCUCCAGCUCCUGCUCCUCCUACUCCUACGCAGAAGAUGGGAGUGGUGGUUCUCCCUGUAGCCUCCCUCUCUGUGAAUUCUCCUCUUCUCCCUGUUCCCAGGGAGCUCGAUUCCUUGCCACUGAUCAUCAGGAGCCAGGCCUGAUGGGAGAUGGAAUGUACAACCAAGUCCGACCCCAAAUUAAAUGUGAGCAGUCCUAUGGAACCAACUCAAGUGAUGAGUCUGGAUCGUUCUCUGAAGCAGACAGUGAGUCAUGUCCUGUGCAAGACAGGGGCCACGAGGUCAAACUUCCCUUUCCUGUCGAUCAAAUCACAGAUCUUCCAAGGAAUGACUUCCAGAUGAUGAUAAAGAUGCACAAGUUAACCUCAGAACAGUUAGAGUUCAUUCAUGAUGUUCGCCGGCGUAGCAAGAAUCGGAUUGCAGCUCAGCGCUGCCGCAAAAGGAAACUGGACUGCAUUCAGAAUUUAGAAUGUGAAAUACGGAAAUUGGUAUGCGAGAAAGAAAAACUCUUAUCAGAAAGAAACCAGCUGAAAGCAUGCAUGGGGGAACUCUUAGAUAACUUCUCCUGCCUUUCCCAAGAAGUCUGUCGAGAUAUCCAGAGCCCUGAGCAGAUCCAAGCCUUGCACCGGUAUUGCCCUGUCCUCAGGCCAAUGGAUCUCCCCACAGCCACCAGUAUUAACCCUUCACCCACUGGCAUGGAGCAAAAUCUGGCAGCAUCCCAGUGUGUAGGGGAAAGCAUGCAGUGCUGCUUGGAUCAGAGCACUGUGCCCCUUGGGACUCCCUGGCUACCCAACAAUGUGUCAGAGAAUUGUACAACUGGGAGGAGAUUGGAUGGCGCUGACCAAGGUUCCUACUCAGAGAGAGGAACCCCUCUAGAACCAAGGAGCCAAACAGUGACCGUGGACUUCUGCCAGGAAAUGACUGAUAAAUGUACAACAGACGAACAGCCCAGGAAAGAUUAUACCUAGUGACUUGGGCCCUGACAUCCCCACCCAAACAAAUGUUCAUCAGUCAGCCUGUGGCCAGUUCAUUUGUUGUCUAGAAGAACGAAUUUGGUGCACACUACAGUGGUCUUAGCAGCAAUACUGUUUUUAAGUAUUUUCUCCUCCCUGCAAGCAGGAGUUACCUAGUUAUCUUCACAAUGGUGCUAUCCCUUGCCCAGGCAGGGAACUCAAACAGUGGCAACACUGUCUGUUUUUAUAUGUUAAUUUCAAUCUUAACAGGGAUGGACAUAACACCUCUGAGGACCCAACCACAGAUUAUUUUCUCAGUGGCCCAUGUCACAAAACCCUAUCUCAGGAAUUUCCUCUGAAUGUUCAAUUUUUUUUCAUUGAAGACAGCUUCUAUACACAUCAAAGUUUUAUAACUAAACUGUACAUAUAAUAUAUAUAAUAUAUAAAAAUAUAUCUCCAUAUGCAAAAGUCCCUGCAUGCCUCAAUUUUCUCAUCCUAAAACUGGAAACUUUCAUUUCUAAUGUAUAAACAAGUUCCAACAUUCCUUUUUUUCUUUUCUUUUCUUUUCUUUUCUUUUUUUUUUUUGGCCUUUGAUGCUAGAAGUAGUUUGGUAACUUGUUAUGGGGGUUAUUUUUUUUCUUGGUUCAUAGUUCAUCAUUAUUACUCAGUUUGUACUUAUUUAUGGAAAAAAUCAACAUUGGAAACUUAUUUGAGAGUUGAUUGCAGAGUUUUUGUUUUGUUUUAUUUUGUUUAAUUUUGGGCACAGACAAAUAGUGCCAUCUGAGCAUUGUGGAUUUUUUUUUCUUGCAGAUACUGUACAGUAAUGGUCAACUUUGCCACUUGCACUGAGUUUGGGGUCAAACCUAUUUUCAUAAAUGAAGUUGUAACUUCAGUAUAACUCGAGUAUACUGUAUAUUAUUUGCUUUAUAGUUUUAAAAAAGUAAAACAUUUUAGGUAAUUAAAAAAGCACUCAGGUGAUAAUUAUGUAGGAGAAACAAUCUUGCCAAAUAAUGAAUUCACCCUCCAAUUUGUAGAUGAUAAUCUGCUUGAAUAUUUUUGUAUUUCAGCUCCUUAGCCCCCUCCCUUCCCUUUCCCCAAGCAAAUUUUAAAUGCAUCUAGUCAGUGGUGGAUGGUUGAUGUCCAGAUUCCUAGGUGGGGAGAGAGUUUGGGCAUCCCACUUGAAAAAUGCAUCAGUAACAGAACAUCCAUCCAUGAUUUUACACCAGGAUUCUAUUGGUGUUAUUGUCUAGGAACCAAGUUAGUUCUGUUUUCUUCCCAAGGAAGUAAGUUGUGGUCUGGUCACUACUUACUUUCUGAAGGAUUCUGUUGUAGGAUCUUCUCUUUUGAAGUCAUGGCCAUCAACCCAACUACCUUUGAGAAGGUCAGUCUCCCUGGAGAUGACUGAAGCAAUUGGUUGAACUGUAGAUUCACUGAACCAAUGGCUGGUCUUUGAAUGGUCCAAAGGGCCAGUGAAACAAACAUGCCCCAAAAGGAGAGACAGCAAUGCAGUUGCAAGCCCAAAGUCUCUGCCUGGCAUAGACAGAAAAGGUUUUUUCCUCCCUUUCUCCUCCAAGUGCAUUGAGUUGUGUUUUGAGGUUACUUCACUGUCCUACAGCCCCAGUAAGUCCAUAACUCAUUCUGAGGCUUUAGGCAAGACAAUACCAGAACUCUUCCUAAUGGCAUUUUUCCUCUCUUGCUGCAAAACUGGUUGGCUGUGCACAUCUGCGUAAAGAGAGCAGCUUUUCCUCAGCACAGAGGCAUGAUGUUCUCCUCUGGUGCAGACGUUUACACAUGAGGUGUGCACCAGUGUUUCUCUUCAGGCACUCGGUAGCUCAGCAUCUUUCCUUAGGAGGAGGAAUCAGCUCCCUCACUCCAAUGAUACUUUUAUGACAUCAUGAAUAUGGACACUCAUGAAUGCCCUGGUCUUGCUUAUCACCCCUCGACCCUGUGGCUACAGUCUGGCUCUGGAGGAGAAUUGUGUAUGGUUU